AGACCACUCUCUAUCCGAAAGCAUCGGGCUCGCCGCACUGUAGUUCCAGGCAGAGCUGUAUUAGCUGUAAUGUAUUGCACCAUUGCCAACUGAUGGUUCCUGUGGCUUUAAUGCGGUCUCCUUGAAAUUAUCAAACACAAGACAUCAGAAACGAAAGCUCAUUCCACAUUUCAUCGGUCCGUCACAGAAGAAAGCGAGUCCCAGAAGAGAUUCUUGGGUUAGAAACUCGAUAGGAGGCAGCCGAGCAGGCAGCUGAUCCGGCGCGUCUAAAAAUAAGCAGCGUACACUCACAGAAUACUUCUCCAUUGCACGAAAAUCAGCGAAUAGGAAUCAAUGUGAACAAAUAACCAACGGGAUAUAUACAUAAAUAUAAUAUAUUGUUGUCGAGGCCUUCCAGAGCUGAACAGGAGUCAUGCCUCUCUCGUUCUGUGGUAACGAUAAUGCUUCAGCCUACAGUGUGGACGAUGGGGUCUUGGACAAUGGCUGUUUUGUUGAUGCUCUCAACCUGGUCCCCCAUGUCUUCCUGCUGUUCAUCACUUUCCCCAUAUUGUUCAUCGGCUGGGGGAGUCAGAGCUCUAAGGUCCAGAUCCAUCACAACACCUGGUUACACUUCCCGGGACACAACAUGAGGUGGAUCCUAACAUUUACACUUCUGUUCGUCCAUGUGUGUGAAACAGCUGAAGGUAUCGUUUCUGAUGGGUAUAUGAAAUCCCGCCACCUGCACCUUUUCCUGCCUGCGUUCAUGGGGUUCAUAGCUUCCACUACAUCUGUUGUCUACUAUCACAACAUCGAAACCUCCAACUUCCCCAAGCUGCUCCUGGCCCUGUUUAUCUACUGGGUGCUGGCGUUUAUCACGAAGACCAUCAAGCUGGUGAAGUACUACGAGCACAACUUUGGGAUCCAGCACCUGAGGUUCUGCAUCACAGCCAUGCUGGUCAUUCUGUAUGGACUGCUGAUGGCAGUGGAGAUCAAUGUGAUCAGGGUCAGGAGGUAUGUCUUUUUUGCAAACCCUCAGAAAGUAAAGCCCCCAGAGGACCUGCAAGAUUUGGGCGUCAGAUUCUUGCAGCCGUUUGUAAAUUUACUGUCCAAGGCCACGUACUGGUGGAUGAACCCGCUGAUCAUCGGCGCGCACAAGAGGCCGAUUGACCUGAAGAAGAUCGGGAAACUGCCCAUUGCGAUGAGGGCUUUGACUAACUACAUACGCCUGAAGGACGCCUAUGAGGAGCAAAGGAAGAUGGUGGCAGACCAGGCUGACAAGAGCCCGUCUAUCUGGAGGUCCAUGUACCAUGCGUUCGGGAGGCCCAUCCUCCUUAGCAGCACCUUCCGCUACCUGGCCGACCUGCUGGGCUUCGCUGGACCGCUCUGCAUCUACUGCAUCCUCAUGCGGCUCGGCGGCAGGAACAGCCCCGAGAGCAGCGAGCAGAAGAACGUCACGGCAAGUGGUUUGGAUGUCGAUUUCCUGUCGUCUCAUGAGCUGCUGGAGAACACUUCUGUUCUGGCAGUCCUCCUCUUCUUGGCUCUGAUUCUCCAGAGGACAUUUUUACAGGCCUCUUAUUACGUGACCAUUGAAACAGGAAUCAACCUUCGUGGGGCCUUGCUGGCUAUGAUAUACAACAAGAUCCUCCGCCUCUCCACGUCCAACAUGUCCAUGGGAGAGAUGACCCUGGGGCAGAUCAACAACCUGGUUGCCAUAGAAACAAACCAGCUCAUGUGGUUCCUGUUCCUGUGCCCAAAUUUGUGGGCUAUGCCCGUGCAGAUCAUCAUGGGAGUUAUUCUCUUGCAUUACCUGCUAGGUUUCAGCGCUCUGAUUGGUGCGUGUGUGAUAGUGCUCCUAGCUCCAAUUCAGUACUUCAUAGCAACCAAGCUGGCUGAUGCACAGAAGAGCACCCUGGAUUACUCCACAGACAGGCUGAAGAAGACCAAUGAGAUUCUGAAGGGCAUCAAGCUGCUGAAGCUGUAUGCUUGGGAGAACAUCUUCUGCAGCAGUGUGGAGGAGACCAGAGUGAAGGAGCUCACCAGCCUCAAAACGUUUGCGCUCUACACCUCGCUGUCCAUUUUCAUGAAUGCUGCCAUCCCGAUAGCAGCUGUGUUAGCGACGUUCGUGACCCAUGCCUACACCAGUAAUACAGAGCUGAGCCCAGCCGUGGCCUUCGCAUCCCUAGCCCUGUUCCACAUCCUGGUCACACCACUCUUCCUGCUGUCCACUGUCGUCAGGUUCGCAGUCAAAGCCAUCGUCAGCGUCCAGAAGCUGGGAGAGUUUCUGUUGAGUGACGAGAUAGGCGAUGACAGCUGGAGGAAUGGAGAGACCUUGGUGUCUUUAGAGUCCUGUAAGAAACACCCCGGAGCUCACACCAAAGCCAUAAACAGGAAGCAGCCCCUGAGGUAUCAGCUGGAUAGCUUCGAGCAGCCAUCCCGAAGGCAGCCGCGUCCCACAGAGACUGAAGACAUCGCGGUCAAGGUGAAUAACGGAUUCUUCUCAUGGGGAAGCAACAUGGCAACAUUAUCGGACAUAAACAUGCGCAUCCCUACAGGGCAGUUGACUAUGAUCGUGGGUCAGGUGGGCUGUGGGAAGUCCUCUCUUCUCCUGGCAAUGCUUGGGGAGAUGCAGGCGAUUGGUGGGAAAGUGCACUGGAGCAAACUACCUGAAUGUGAGCUGAUGCACGAGGGGAACCCAAGCUUUCAUGCCCCCGAGCCCUCGUUUGAAGCCAUGCAGAGUAAAAACAGGAACUCUGUGGCGUAUGCUGCUCAGAAGUCUUGGCUGCUGAACGCCACAGUGGAAGAGAACAUCACAUUCGGGAAUCCUUUUAACAAGCAGAGGUACAAAGCUGUUAUAGACACUUGUUCUCUGCAACCUGACAUCGACCUGUUGCCCUUUGGAGACCAGACGGAGAUAGGAGAAAGGGGAAUCAACCUGAGCGGAGGCCAGAGACAGAGGAUCUGUGUGGCACGAGCCCUCUAUCAGAACACAAACAUCGUGUUCCUGGAUGACCCCUUCUCUGCACUGGAUAUCCACCUGAGUGACCACCUCAUGCAGGAGGGGAUCCUCAAGUUCCUGCAAGAUGACAAGAGGACAGUGGUGCUGGUGACACACAAGCUGCAGUACCUGAUCCAUGCUGACUGGAUCAUUGCUAUGAAGGAUGGUACUUUGCUCAGAGAAGGAACGCUGAAGGAUAUCCAGAACAAUGAUGUUGAGCUCUACGAACACUGGAAGACGCUCAUGAACCGACAGGAUCAAGAAUUAGAGAAGGACACUGAUGUUGCUGACGGCCAGACAGCUCUGGAGAGGAAGAACCUCAGGAGAGCCUUGUACUCAAGAGAAGCCAAGUCGCAGAUUGACGAUGAAGACGAAGAGGAGGAGGAGGAGGAGGAUGACGAGGACACCAUGUCGAUGAUGACCAGCCGACGCUCAAAGAUCCCCUGGAGGGUGUGCUGGAAGUACCUGACCUCGGGGGGCUUCGUGCUGCUCUUCAUGAUGAUCUUCUCCAAGCUGCUCAAGCACUCCGUCAUCGUCGCCAUCGACUACUGGCUGGCCACCUGGACCUCCAGAGCACAGAACACUUCUGUGAGCGCCAACAGCAGCGCCAACGGCAUGCUCACAGACAUGGUUCCUUUUGAUCUCUCCUACUACACCACCGGCUUCAGUAUUCUUUGCAGCUCUGGGAUUGUACUCUGCCUCAUCGCCUCGUUGACUGUGGAGUGGAUGGGUCUGUCCGCAGCCAGAAACCUCCAUCACAAUCUUCUCAACAAAAUCAUUCUAGCACCAAUCAGAUUUUUUGACAUCACACCCCUGGGCCAAAUACUGAACCGCUUUUCGGCUGACACCAACAUUAUUGAUCAGCACAUCCCUCCGACUCUGGAGUCCCUGACCCGCUCCACCCUGCUCUGUCUGUCAGCUAUCGGAGUCAUCGCCUUCGUCACGCCUGUUUUCCUCAUCGCCAUGCUGCCUCUGGGGGUCGCCUUCUACUUCAUACAGAAGUACUUCAGGGUCGCAUCUAAGGACCUACAGGACCUGGACGACUCCACCCAGCUGCCACUGCUCUGCCACUUCUCUGAAACCGCUGAGGGCCUCACCACCAUCCGCGCAUUCAGACACGAGGCCCGUUUCAAGCAGCGCAUGCUGGAGCUGACUGACACAAACAACGUCGCCUACUUGUUUCUCUCUGCUGCCAACCGGUGGCUGGAGGUCAGAACGGAUUAUCUCGGUGCUGUGAUUGUACUCACAGCUGCUGUCGCAUCAAUAUAUACUUCUGAGAACGGAGUUCAAUCAGGACUAGUGGGACUGGGACUCACCUAUGCUCUUACAGUGACUAACUACCUGAACUGGGUGGUGAGGAGCCUGGCAGAUCUGGAGGUGCAGAUGGGAGCAGUGAAGAAAGUCAAUGACUUCCUGAGCACGGAAUCAGAGAACUACGAGGGCUCUAUCGAUCUCUCUCAAGUUCCAGAGGACUGGCCUCAGCAAGGGGAGAUCAAGAUCCAGGGCCUGUCUGUACGAUACGACUCCAUUCUGAAACCAGUGCUGAAGCAUGUAAACGCAUACAUCAACCCUGGACAAAAGGUUGGGAUCUGUGGCCGCACAGGCAGUGGAAAAUCCUCUCUCUCACUGGCCUUUUUCAGGAUGGUGGACAUGUUUGAAGGGAAGAUUAUCAUCGAUGGAAUAGACAUCAGCAAAUUGCCUCUGCCAACCCUGCGGUCAAGACUGUCUAUUAUCCUGCAGGACCCUGUGCUGUUCAGCGGCUCCAUUCGGUUUAACUUGGACCCGGAGCGCACAUGCACGGAUGACAGACUCUGGGAGGCCCUGGAGAUUGCCCAGCUGAAGAACAUGGUCAAAUCACUGCCGGGCGGGCUGGACGCGGUGGUGACGGAGGGAGGGGAGAACUUCAGCGUUGGGCAGAGGCAGCUCUUCUGUCUGGCCAGGGCCUUCGUGCGCAAGAGCAGCAUCCUCAUCAUGGACGAGGCCACGGCUUCCAUAGACAUGGCCACGGAGAACAUUUUACAGAAGGUAGUGAUGACAGCCUUUGCAGAUCGCACAGUUGUUACUAUUGCUCACCGCGUGCACACUAUCCUGACGGCAGACCUGGUCAUCGUGAUGAAGCGAGGCAAUAUCCUGGAGUACGAUAAGCCCCAGACUCUCCUGGCACACGAGGAAAGCGUCUUCGCCUCUUUUGUCAGGGCUGAUAUGUAACUCUUCACUGGCCUCCCACACAGUGCAUGAAGCGAGCCUCGCAUUUAAAGAGCAUGGCCAUUCGGGAUGACAGUUACCACACAAAGGGGCAGAUUCUCAAAAGCUACUGUAUUUACUGCAAAUCGUCAGCCAUGCCUUGUUUUUUACUGAAAGGAAAAAAGUUAUACGGUGUCCUGAAAAAAAAAAAAACACCAAUUACACAAUGAAGAAGAAAAAGACUUUUAACUUGUUCAUUUUUGGUUUGGUCAUUUUAUUGGGUCCCUUUUUCUUUUCAGAAAAAAAUGAUGAUUUGGAGUAAAUUACUUUAAGAAUCCAGUCCAAAAUCUUUAGCUAGAUUUGUUUUUUUCUUCUUUUUUAUUAUAAAAAACAAAUUUAAACCUUUAAUACAGUAUAUACUUUUAUAAUUCACAAGCAAUAAAUAUAACAACACGUUUGCCAGUUAUAACUGCGAAUGUUUUUUAUUUGUAUUGAUGAUGUAAUAAUCUGUACAUAUAAUUGAAAUGUCAAGUGCUGUCCCAAAAGCACAUUUUAUAUACUCUGUUUAUCUGACAUAACUAACAAAAAGGUUGAUACAAGUCUGGCAUUUUUAUCAAGGUUAGUAUGGCUUUUUUAGAAGGGUUAGUCUGGCAUUUUUAUCAAGGUUAGUAUGGCUUUUUUAGAAGGGUUAGUCUGGCAUUUUUAUCAAGGUUAGUAUGGCUUUUUUAGAAGGGUUAGUCUGGCAUUUUUAUCAAGGUUAGUAUGGCUUUUUUAGAAAGGUUAGUCUGGCAUUUUUAUCAAGGUUAGUAUGGCUUUUUUAGAAGGGUUAGUCUGGCAUUUUUAUCAAGGUUAGUAUGGCUUUUUUAGAAGGGUUAGUCUGGCAUUUUUAUCAAGGUUAGUAUGGCUUUUUUAGAAGGGUUAGUCUGGCAUUUUUAUCAAGGUUAGUAUGGCUUUUUUAGAAGGGUUAGUCUGGCAUUUUUAUCAAGGUUAGUAUGGCUUUUUUAGAAGGGUUAGUCUGGCAUUUUUGUUGUGUGCUGAUUUGUAAUUUUAUAAAAAAUGUCUUCAUUUUGAAGUAUAUCAGUAGCUUGACAAUAGCCAUUGGGGAAAAGAAAGUGUUCAACUGGGUCUUUUGAAUCUCAAGAUCCCUUUCAGUGUUUUGUUGCUUACUGUAUAUUGCAUUGCAUCAGGUCAUCCUUGACCUGCAAUAGCCAAGGAGCGUGACCAUCAGCUCGAGAUUACUGUGUGGGAUGGAUAUCUGGGGCAGUGAUGGAUCUGAAUCCAAAUAAGACCUCUAACACGUUUAGACAAUAGAAAUUGAAAUGCCUAUUGUAUUGAUUUCUUCAACAUCGUCCAACACAGGUGCAAUAUACAGACACCACAUUGCUGUCAGAAUUAUGGACACAGCGACUUUGCAAUAACACCAUGAGUGGAAGCAACGUUCAUGACACACAGUGUGUUGUUAUUUUACUAGACUACAUGACAUCCAAUGCUGUUAAAAACAUAGUGCUUCAAGUUGACAGUGGUUUAGUAUGUUAUACAAGUAUUAAGAAGUAUUUAAAUCGGCAGGUAUUAAAUAAACACAUUCAUUAAUGUGUUGAUUUCAAAACAAGAAAAGCUGUCCUUCCCUCACCUUUACAGUUGAGUACCAAUCAGUGGCCAUCAACUCAGGCAUUGAGUGUUGUCAAUGCCGAUUGGAAGCACAUUGUACUCUCAUUCGGGGGCUGGUGUUUUUAAUGCCAUACCGAGGAGUAAGCUGACAAUAUAAAGAUGUGCCUGUGAGAGUAUAAGCACACCACUAUGCAAACGGGGCACUUCAAAACUCAAUCAAAGUUGAUACAAUGUUACCAAGGGAGUGGUUUAGCUGUAAUGACAGGUACAGACUUGUCAUUUUGCCAAUUUUUGAUGCUUUUAAAACACUUCUUUUGUCUUAAAUGUAGUUACUGUUUUUAACAUGUUGGGUUUUAAAGACAUUUAACUAGAAAAAAAAACCACGUACCUACUUUUUUACACUUGAACAAUAAACAACAUGUCAUGUGUUUUGCGUGA